AUGACCGAAGAAUAUGAAAUACUGUUAAACUUGAGCAACGAAUCAUUUUGGGAGGCUAUUUAUAUUUUCAUUAAAAAGCCUCACCUUGUAAACAAAAGAUUAUGGGGCUGUAAUAUACUAGAAAAGAUCACAAUCGAGUCUGCUGCUAAUCUAUUUAAAUCAUUUGAGAAUUUAAAAAUUGAUAAUAUUGAUUAUGAUAAGAUAUGUAAAAAAAUACUGGUACCUCAAGGUUCAGAUUAUAACCACACACCGCACUAUGAGGUUCUUAUAGUCGAACUUUUACCAAAAAACUACGAGGAAAAGCACGCAUAUCAUCUCGUGAUCGUGGAUCGCCAAAAAACAAGUGUUGCGUUUUACGAUAUAACUAAGCACCAUCAAAACCUUUGUCCUAAUUUUACUUAUGACUUUACUUAUAACGAAAAUAAGUUACUAUUAAAAACCUACGCCGGUAAUCCAAAAUCUACAGCUUGGUUAAAAGAUACUGUUUUACCUCAAAUUGUGCGAUGGGCACAAGACACUGCAAAAGAAACACAUAAGAAGAUAUGUAAAGAAUCUCUCAGUAUGAUUGCCGCUGACAAAUAUUAUGUGAAAUAUAAUGAGCUUAAAAUAAAGUAUGGCAAAAAUCUAGUUAAGAUAUGGCCUGAAUGUACAGAUCCAUCUAAAUUUGUUUAUGAAGAUGUAGCUAUAGCAACUUACUUAUUAUUGUUAUGGGAAGAUGAGGAAUCACAAUCCUUUGUUGAUGUUGGCUGUGGGAAUGGACUGUUGGUGUACAUUUUGACAAUGGAGGGUUACCAAGGAGUAGGUGUAGAUGUAAGGAGAAGGAAAAUUUGGGAAAUGUAUCCAAAAACUGUUGUACUCGAGGAAACAACUGUAACCCCAUCAAAUAUUAGUAGUUUCUCAAAAUAUAAAUGGAUAAUUGGAAAUCAUUCAGAUGAAUUAACUCCAUGGAUACCUAUUAUAACAGCAUUAGGCUCAUAUAAUAAUAAAUUUUUCCUCCUUCCUUGUUGUGCAUUUAACAUAGAUGGCACAAAGUAUAAACGGAAAGAUUCUUCGAAAAGUCAAUAUACGGAAUACCUAGAAUACGUUCAAGCACUUUGUAAAGAUUUUGGAUUUGAUGUUCAUGUUGACAGGCUGAAAAUUCCUAGUACUAAAAGAAUAUGUCUUGUUAGUAAGAAGAGGAUUUAUCCAGAGCAAGAAUAUGAAAGUUAUUGCAAUUAUAUCAAAGAAUCCCUUAAAACAGCAUUGAGAACGAAUGGAAGUCCCGAUGAUUUUAAGACAAGAGAAAAAGUUGAGAGAGUAAGGAAUUGUACACAAAUCAAUAAGAGCAUUAUAGAUUCAAUAGUCAAAUGUGUGUCAAAUUAUUUGCUUGCUGGGUGUAAUAAAGACACAGCCUGGACUGAGGGAAGAGAAGUAGAAAUGUCUGACAUUGUUAAACUUAUACCUGCUGAUAUGUUAAAAGUACUAAAGUCAGAAUGCGGUGGACUACAAACACUAUUAAGAAAUAACCACCAUAUAUUCAAAGUUGUCAAUGGCAAAGUUCAGUUUAGAUAUCCUAAGACCAUUGAAGAAGUACAAGAUAAUAUUAAAAACAAAAAGUCCAACAACACUAGCCUCAAAACACAAGUAAAACCUUGCUGGUUCUUCAAUAACCAUCCACACGGUUGUCCAUUAUCUAAGGAUUCAUGCAGUUUCUUACAUGUAUAUUCAUGA